GACCGCGACUAGGUCUCUGCAGAGUUGGGGCGGGAGUAGCGGGUGGGCCCCGUACAGCCGCCGAACUUCCGGGACUCGACCGUGACCCCUUCCCGGCUUCCCGUCCGCUCUGCCGCAUUGAUUGUCUCAGCGGGUUGAUUCCGUACAAACCACCCGACCCAGGGGCCGGUGUGAGUGUGAAAAGGGGAGCACUCCCCUCGUGGUCGCCUGGAGGGGCGCUGGAGGAGGGGGUGACGUAUCCAGGGACUCGAGGUCGGCUGCGGGAAUGAUCCACGAACUGCUCUUGGCUCUGAGCGGGUACCCUGGGUCCAUUUUCACCUGGAACAAGCGGAGUGGCCUGCAGGUUUCGCAGGACUUCCCUUUCCUUCAUCCCAGUGAGACCAGUGUCCUGAAUCGACUCUGCCGGCUCGGCACAGACUAUAUUCGCUUCACUGAGUUCAUUGAACAGUACACCGGCCAUGUGCAACAACAGGAUCAUCAUCCAUCUCAGCAAGGCCAAGGUGGGUUACAUGGAAUCUACCUGAGGGCCUUCUGCACGGGACUGGAUUCUGUUUUGCAGCCUUACCGCCAAGCACUACUUGAUUUGGAACAAGAGUUCCUGGGUGAUCCCCAUCUCUCCAUAUCACAUGUCAACUACUCCCUAGACCAGUUCCAGCUUCUUUUUCCCUCUGUGAUGGUUGUAGUAGAACAAAUUAAAAGUCAAAAGAUUCAUGGUUGUCAAAUCCUGGAAACAGUCUACAAACACAGCUGUGGGGGGUUGCCUCCUGUUCGAAGUGCUCUGGAAAAAAUCCUGGCCGUUUGUCAUGGGGUCAUGUAUAAACAGCUCUCAGCCUGGAUGCUCCAUGGACUUCUCUUGGACCAGCAUGAAGAAUUCUUUAUCAAACAGGGUCCAUCUUCUGGUAAUGUCAGUGCCCAGCCAGAGGAGGAUGAGGAGGAUCUGGGCAUUGGGGGACUGACGGGAAAACAACUGAGAGAACUCCAGGACUUGCGCCUGAUGGAGGAAGAGAACAUGCUGGCACCAUCUCUGAAGCAGUUUUCCCUGCGAGUGGAGAUUUUGCCAUCCUACAUUCCAGUGAGGGUUGCUGAAAAAAUCCUGUUUGUUGGAGAAUCUGUCCAGAUGUUUGAGAAUCAGAAUGUGAACUUGACUAGAAAAGGAUCCAUUUUGAAAAACCAGGAGGACACUUUUGCUGCAGAGCUGCACCGUCUCAAGCAGCAGCCGCUCUUCAGCUUGGUGGACUUUGAACAGGUGGUGGAUCGCAUUCGCAGCACUGUGGCUGAGCAUCUCUGGAAGUUGAUGGUAGAAGAGUCCGAUUUACUGGGUCAGCUGAAGAUCAUUAAAGACUUUUACCUUCUGGGACGUGGAGAACUGUUUCAGGCCUUCAUUGAUACAGCUCAACACAUGUUAAAAACACCGCCCACUGCAGUAACUGAGCAUGAUGUGAAUGUGGCCUUUCAGCAGUCAGCACACAAGGUAUUGCUAGAUGAUGACAACCUUCUCCCUCUGUUGCACUUGACAAUUGAGUAUCACGGAAAAGAGCACAAAGCAGAUGCUACUCAGGCAAGAGAAGGUCCUUCUCGGGAAACUUCUCCCCGGGAAGCCCCUGCAUCUGGCUGGGCAGCCCUAGGUCUUUCCUACAAAGUACAGUGGCCACUACAUAUUCUCUUCACCCCAGCUGUCCUGGAAAAAUACAACGUUGUUUUCAAGUACUUAUUGAGCGUGCGCCGGGUGCAAGCUGAGCUGCAGCACUGCUGGGCCCUACAAAUGCAGCGCAAGCACCUCAAGUCCAACCAGACUGAUGCGAUCAAGUGGCGCCUAAGAAAUCACAUGGCAUUUUUGGUGGAUAAUCUUCAGUACUAUCUCCAGGUAGAUGUGUUGGAGUCUCAGUUCUCCCAGCUGCUUCAUCAAAUCAAUUCUACCCGAGACUUUGAAAGCAUCCGAUUGGCUCAUGACCACUUCCUGAGCAAUUUGCUGGCUCAAUCCUUUAUCCUAUUGAAACCUUACAGAGAAACCAAUGAAAAGCAUAUGGAGUCCAUCUUCUAAGAAGUCUUUUGGACCAGGAUGGAUCAGUCAUUUGAGAGUUCUUUUCAUAGACAAGUAGUGUUUAUCUCUGGAUGUGUGUACGUGUUUCUGUAAGUACAUAUGUAUCUCCUUCAUGGCAGUUAUUCUCAACUUUGGCUGCACAUUGGAAUCAUCGGGACCCUUCAAAAAUAUCUAGGUGACAGAGCACUUUAAGUCCCUAUAAUAGUGGGAUCCAGUACCAAUAUUUUUUAGAGCUCACAAGCUAGUUCCAAUUCCAGGAUAAAAAAUAGGAAGAUUGAAAUGAUCUCUUGUAGUUUCUAAUGUAAUGGUUAUGCUUCAUCUCUGAUAUGAGCUACUUGUUAUUCCUCAGUGUGCUAUAGCAUAGCUGUUACAGACCUUUUUGUUCUGGUGUUUAGGGCUAUUUCUGCUGUAUGAAGGGUACGUUAUAUAUCAAAGGGCUGGCUGAAAAUAACAAAAAAAAUACUGUGAUGGAUAGACGCUGUCCUUGUGUGGCACAGAUGUAUCUGUAGGGAAAAACAGACUAUCAGAGCAGGUCAUCAUCGUUAAUUAUUUAUUGAGUGCUUACUGUAUGCAAGGCACUGGGGAUACAAAGAGGUAUAAGUCAUGGCUCUGCCCUUAAGGAGCUCACAAUCUAGUUGGAAAAACAGACAUAUAUACAUACAAAAAUCAUUAACAACACAGAGGCCUGAACAAUUGCCAAGUGGACAACAAUAAAGAAACAAGAAAUGGGGGUUCACUAAAGGCUACAGUGUGGAAGGGAGCGCUUCACUGAGUGGGUAGGACCUGAACUAGUAUUAAAAAGAAGAGCAUCCGGGGCAAAGGGAAGAACACUCACAGCUCAGAGGCAGGAACAUACUAUACUCUGUGGGUCUGAGAAAUGAAGAGUUAAAUGUGGCUAGAGUGGAGGUUUGCUGCAGGGCUGAGAGUAAUACAAGCUUAGCCAGGAAGGGAUGCGUUUGUUUUACACAUUUUGUGUAUUUGAGGGGCUGGCAGGCCUUGCAAAGUGGCAGUAUAUUCUCAGAUUUGGGAGGUCAGCUACUAAUCAGACUGUUCUCCCGAAUCUUUAAUUUCAUGAAGGUUCCUUCCUUCCUUUUCCUAAUGCCAACUCUGUUUCCUGGGUAGGUAUUUCACUGCCUGAAUGAAAUCCUAGAUCUCUGUCACAGUUUCUGUUCGCUGGUCAGUCAGAACCUAGGCCCACUGGAUGAGCGUGGAGCCGCCCAGCUGAGCAUUCUCGUGAAGGUGCGUCUGUCUGGAAGUAUGCAGCCUUGCUGAAAGGAUAGAGGUGGUUUUGCCAAUGGAGGAUUCAUGAUCUUUCCUCUGAAUCAUUACAACAUUUCCUCAGUAAACACACACACAGAAAUAAGAUACAAAGAUUAAAAUGUUGGUAUCAGUUGAUUUUGAAACAGGUAAUUACUGUGCCACCUCACAGUGCUCAAAAGUAGUUCAGUCCUGAGUAGUUUAUUCAGCCCACCAAAUAAGCACUGGCCUUGUUCUAACUUCCUCACAUCCUACCCCUCCUUACUUCCUUGAACUAACUAAACCCCAUCUCACUGAGAUAAUGACCUGCUUGUAAUCAAAACAGGUUUUCCCCAACCUCAGUACUUGACAAAAUAUGUUAACUGGAAACCAGCUACUAAGUUCCUACUGAUGAAAGCGUACUUUCAUAGGAAGUCAUGCAUGUAUGGAUUUGGUACAAGUCAUUUUAGGAACUAAUAGGAAUGUGGGAAGGCCAGGUGGUUCUAUAUAAUUUUGAACAAGGCUUUUCCAAGAACCCCCCACUCUGCCCCCAUCCUCCAUAUGGAGAGUUGAGUUGAAGUGGAAUGAUAACUGAGUCCUUCUGUCUGCAGGGCUUCAGCCGCCAGUCUUCACUCCUAUUCAAGAUUCUCUCCAGUGUUCGGAAUCAUCAGAUCAACUCGGAUUUGGCUCAACUACUGUUACGACUAGAUUAUAACAAAUACUAUACCCAGGCUGGUGGAACGCUGGGCAGGUAGGAGCAACCCUUGGGUAACUCAGUAGACUUUUUGGGGUAUCUUUUUAAUGAGUUAUAGAAUUCUAGAGCAGGAAGGAGACUUUAGCUAUGAUGUAGUCCAAUUACCCUCAUUUUAUAAACAAGGCUCAGAGAUAGAAGUGUGACCAUCUUUAAUAAUUUUAAUGAAGAUUAUUUUCUAGUAAAAGUCGUCAUCAUCAGAUACUAAGAAACCUGACGGUGAGAUAGGUGUUCAGUCCUUUGCUAGGUUAUAUACUGCUGUGCUGAGGGGGGCAUGUGUCUUCCAUUCCCAAUUCUGACAUGAACUAGCUGUGCAGCCAUGGGCACCCCACCUUGCUUGUCCCUAGCCUCUACAUCUGUGAAAGGAGGGACCACCCUUUCUAACUCUAAACUUUUAAAAAAAAUCUGAUAGUGAGAUUCAGUGGUAGCUGGCUUACCAGAGGUCUGCCAGUUUUAUUGACCUUUCUCUCUCUAAAAUGUCCACAAGCAGAUUCUUUCCUAAGCUUUUUUAGCAGAAUAGUUGGGAGAAACUCUUGAGUUUUAAGAUGACAUUAUUUAGAUCACAAGUUGUCCUGAUUCAUAUUUCUUUGAAGGCAGUCUUGGGAAAGCAUAAUACUUAAUAAGGCUUUCUUUCUUUUUUGUAGUUUCGGAAUGUGAAAAGCUCUGACUCAUAAACUGAAGUAACAGUAAAUCCCACCUCAUUCCCAAGGUUGUAACAGAAGAUUCGAAACAAACAUCCCCUUCUAGCCACACACAAAUAACUGCAGUCUAGUGAUAGGACGGUAUCUAUCCCUAGAAGCAGUUACUGAACAUCUAGGGGUACAAAUCCUUCCCAUCAUUCAAGGGUCUGGCCCAUCAAGGAGAACAUGUGGCAUCUCUGAUACUUUACAUUGGGAAAAUCUGCUGGAUAUGUUUUUAUUUAAUAGUGAUUUAUUGAGCACCUACUAUGUGCCUUGGUACUGUUCAAGCUGUGGGAGAUACAGCAGUAAACAAUACAGAGCAGAAAGUUAACUAUUUCAUGGUUCAUAUGUGAAAAAGUAACUGUAUUUAUAAACAGGUUAACUGCUGGAUGUUACCACCAAGUAAGAUAGGAACAGGUAAGAUAGGCUUUCUCUCUCCCUACACCAAGUAAUUUAUACCUACACAGAUUGGACAAUUCUAACUAAUGAAAAUAUAUUUAAAGUAUUUCUUAGGUCAGGUGUGGUGGCUCACACUGUAAUCCCAGCACUUUGGGAGGCCGAGGCAGGUGGAUCACCUGAGGUCAGGAGUUGAAGACCAGCCUGACCAAUAUGAUGAAACCCUGUCUCUA